AGUAGUUAACAGAUAAUAAAUUUUUCAUAAAAACUUCAAUCUCUAACAUAUAUAAAUUUAAAUUUAAUCUCACCUGUCUUAGGUUAAAAUUAUGUAGAAAAUUUCUAGCCAAUAUGGGUGAUAUUAAAAAAAGAAACAAAAUCAAUAUCAAAAGUGAAAAUGUGAAAAAAGUCGAUGAAAAAUCGGCUGCAAAAGUAUCCGUUAAUAAAGGUCUACCUCUUAGAGUUCUCUCUCGAUCAGUUGUAAUUGUUUCUUUGCUUAUUGUUGUUUAUUAUUCAUCUAAGAACAAUGUUCAAACAUUUGCAAAACAAGCUGAAUUACUACCAGGAAAAGGUCAAAUUAUUGAAUGUUCCUCCGAAUAUAUAAAAGAUAUAGACAAGUAUGAAGGCUGUGCUCCUAAAUACUGCAAAAGAUUUGUUACUGAUAAAGUAAUUUCUGUAAGAGAAACUGAAGAGUUGUUGAAAUUAGCCCAAAAAGGUUUGAAGUAUGGUGGUUCUUUUGGUGGUGCUUCUAUAUUAGACCUUCAUAGUGGAGCAUUAUCCAAAGGACAGCAUUUUGUUAAUGUGUAUAAAAUGGAUGAAAUGAAAAAUAUUUUCACACAAGAUGACUUUAACAUCUUUAAGGUGGUUAAAGAUAAAAUAAAGUACACCAUUGCACAUCAUUUUGGCGUACAACCUGACAAAUUAUAUUUAACUCAUCCAACAUUCUUCUCAGAAAUAACAUCUAAAACUGCUUUUACAGUUCAUGAUGAAUACUGGCAUCCGCAUGUUGACAAAGAAACAUAUAAGUCCUUUCACUAUACAACAUUGCUUUAUCUUGGAGAUUAUAACAUUGACUUCAGAGGAGGUAGAUUUGUCUUCAUUGAUGAAAAAUUUAACAGUACAAUAGAACCACGGAAAGGCAGACUUAGUAUGUUUACCAGUGGAGGUGAAAACUUUCAUUAUGUCGAAAAGGUUACUUCAGGUGUAAGAUAUGCAAUAACAAUUUCUUUUACUUGUGAUAAAAAAUUUGCCAUUAAUGACCCUAGUCCGGACAACUAUUACAAUUAAAUUUUAAUUGACAUUCCAAAAUUUUAAGUUAAUAUUAAAUAAAA